AUGAAAGCCAAGUGGAGUGAUAGUGAAAGUAAGUCAACCUUGGGUAAUGAUUCCUCUUCUCAAGAUGAUGAAGAGAACUUUACCGCUUUUGUAGGACCACUCUUCUCUCCCUUUGGAGAAAUUGCCACAAGUGAAGUUAAAAAAAGUCCUAUCACAAAGGUGGAAGACUUGGAAGAAGAAAUUCCCACGUGUGUGGAGGAUGAAGAGUGCUAUGAGGAGAUUCAAGAUGUCAAGAUUGAUUUGCACACUCCUGGGGAGAAGAGAGCUAGUCCUCCACCCAUUCCCCGACCUAACUCGAGUUUUAGGAAUGAAAAACAAGAAUGGGAAACCAAUGAGGACUUUGCGAAACUCACCAUUUCAACCAAGUUAGAGGCCCCAAGUGCUUAUAGCAAGGUCAUGGCUCCUAAGAAAUAG